AUGAUGUUCGUCGCGGCGCUAUCAGCCGCCACAAGUGAGGAGACGAGGUUCUGCGAGAGUGAGUCCGUGGUUCUGCCGGUGAUUGACCUUGCAGUGGCAGAUGAAGCCCAGACGUCAGCAGCGCUGACCGCUGCCGCCUCAGAACACGGCUUCAUGCUGGUCGUUGGCCACGGCAUCGCCUCGGCGGCUGCAGAGGCUGCGCAGUCACUGCAACACCGCCUGGAGACGUCUACGCCCGAGCAGCUAAUGAGCUGGCGCCGCAAUAAGGUCGGCUAUGGGCCCGGGCUACAGCACGCGAAGCACAACAGCUCUCGCAAGACGCUGGAGGGCAAGUACGAGGCGUUGCAGCGUGAGGACUUUGUGUUUGUCUCUCCAGACGACGCGACGCGCAAGGCAGCAGGCGACCCGCACUACUCUCGCGAGGCGGCUGCCGUGUGGUACGGUGACGUCGAGCCGCUCUGCCCCGACGAGGCGCUGUGCGCCGCGUUCGCGCGCCACUACCGCGGGGCCGAGGGCCUCGCCGCGCAGCUGCUGCGGCUGUUUGCACGCGCCGUGACGGGCGAUGCGGACGCAUGGGCCGCACACGCGCGCCGGCACAAGUCCAACCUGGUCGGUGCCUACCACCGCGCGGGCGUCGCGCACGAGCGCGUCUCCGCGCACUCGGACGCCAACCUCUUCACGCUGAUCCACUACGGCAGCGGCGGCCCCGACGGGCUCGAGAUCUUUGACCGUGGCUGCGCUGGCUGGCUGCGCGUGCGUGGCGCGCAGCUGCGCGACGCCCACGGCGCUGAUGCAGGCGCGCCGCCGCUGCUGCUCAACAUUGGCGACGAACUUGCCUGGCUCUCAAAUGGCCGCUUCCUCUCGACGCCGCACCGCGUGACCGACCGCUCUGCCUCACCGCCGGCGCGGCUCGCCCUCAUCUAUUUCUUCGCCGCCAGCUACGAUGCGGUGCUCGAGCCGCACGUGCGCCGUGGCGAAGUCAAGCGCUACGACGGUGCGAGACUCGCCGGUCGUUUCACGUACAACUAUCGAACGGCGAGCGCAGCGCAGCGCGACGCUUUCGACACGUGGGCGAAGGAGGCCGGGCUACCUGCCGCGGAGCACAUGAGCACAGGCAAGAGCGAGCUGUGA